AUGGCGCAGGCCUAUCAACAGCUCCCGGUGGAUGAGGAUGCGGCGGCUGCCCGGACCAUCGUCGCCCAUCGUGGGGCUUUUCGUUGCCGCCGCCUUCAAUUCGGCAUUUCCGUGACCCCGGGGAUCUUCCAAAGCCUCAUGGAGCGGCUGCUCCAUGGGCUGCCGGGCGUUGUUCCAUAUUUCGAUGACGUUCUGAUCGCUGCUUCCAGCCGCUCAGAACUCAUCGAAGUACUGCGGAAGGUCCUCAGUCGUUUCAGGGGCGCGGGCUUAAAACUGAAACACAGCAAAUGCCCGCCCAAAGUCCUGACUCUGCUCCACAAGGACCACCCAGGCAUAGCACGUAUGAAGGCAUUGGCCCGCAGCUAUGUCUGGUGGCCGUUGCUGGACACAGAGAUAGCGGCCUAUGUAGGCCGCUGCACCACUUGUCAACUCUCUAGGCCCAACCCCCCAGUCGGGCCUGCUCGCGAGUGGGAGGCUCCGAGAGGCCCUUGGUCACGCCUCCACGUAGACUUCGCUGGCCCCUUCCACGGCCAGAAUUUCUUGAUCAUGGUGGAUGCCUACUCUCGGUGGGUGGAACUGGUGCUAAUGACCUCCACCACAGCCGAGAGUACGGUCAGGGCCCUCCGCAGGUUGUUCGCAACCCACGGGUUGCCGGACAUACUCGUCUCUGACAACGGGCCACAGUUUACAGCCACCACAUUCCAGGAAUUUCUGGCUGAGCAAGGGAUCCGGCAUGCGCCCACAGCCCCGUACCACCCAGCUUGCAACGGCCAGGCGGAGUGGGCGGUCCACUCAGCUAAGGAGGCUCUGGGCCGCAUGGACUGGGGCGACUGGCAGUCAAGGGUGGUGGCUUACAUGCUAAGCCAACACUCCACCCCCUGCCCAACGACCAACAAAAGCCCUGCGGAGCUCUUGAUGGGCCGGCGCCUGCGGACCCCCCUGGAUAGGCUCCAUCCGGACUAUUCGGGGGAUCAGACGUGCAACCUGGGGGUCCUCCCAUCCCGUUCCUUUAAACAGGGGGACUUAGUAUGGGCCCGGUCAUUCACAGGGGAUCCUAAGUGGGUGCCAGCCGUAAUAAACGCCCUGACCGGUCCCUGUUCUUUCAGGGUCGGACUGGCCAAUGGAUCCAAGUGGAGGCGCCACUUGGAUCAAUUGAGGAGGCGCCUCCCUACGGAGCUCGGCGAGCCUAAGAACUCGGGUCCAGACAACGCGGCCGCUCAACAACCGGAAUUGGAUUCACAGGCCUUCGCACAUCCAGGCCUGGCCUACCAAGCUCCACCAAACUGUGAAAAUUCCAUUGAGUUUCCUCAAGCCGACCAAUUCCGGAAUUGGGCCUUCUCCAAAUCAGGCCCGGCCUACCCAAGCGCCCCCUGUCGGGUAGCGCCACAGUUUUCUCAAGCUGCCGCUGAGUAUUCGCCGACUAGCACUCCUCCCCCCGUUGACACUCCUCCGUUUCCCUACGCUACAGCUGUGGACGCGCCACCCCGGCCCAGCUUACCAUUGUCGGUGAGCCUGCCUUCUGGGCCGUUCCAAGAUGGUGUCACCCGGAGCUACACUCCCUUCGGGGAGGAGCUACCACGAGCAGGUCCUACCCCUCCGACGACUCUACAUGAAGAAAUUCAUUAUCCAUGGAAUUGGAUAAUGGAUAAUUGGAAAAAUUCAUUAUCCAUGGAAUUGUCCUUGAAGACCAUCUACAGGUUAGCAGAAUUAAAGGCAUAA